CUAAGUUGUUAAUUAUAGUCUAAAUUCCAGUGAGUUCUAGAACCAAUGUGUGUCUUGCGUGUUACUCAAUUUAGCUUUAAAAGUCUCUUGUUGCAGGAACCAUUGCAAUGGAUAAAAUUUAAAUCCUUCAUCUUGGAACUCUGAUCUUGGCACCUUUCUGGAAUUCUUUUUGAUUUAAAACCUUUCCAUGUUGUCUGUGAACAGAUCUGCUGAAAAUUAUUAGGUUGCUGCUGGCAAGAAGUGAAAGAUAGGAUAGUAAGAAAAAGGCUACUGCUUUAUGUACACAGUGAAACUUUCCUCUCAGUUCAGUAUAGUGCCAUAGUUAAUUUCAGAAGGAAAAUGGGUCAAGCUUGAAAAAACAACUUACAUGGAUCCUACUGGUAAAACUAGAACCUGGGAAACAGUGAAACGCACAACCAGGAAGGGACAGACUGCUGAUGGUGUAUCGGUCAUCCCCGUGCUGCAGAGAACUCUUCAUUAUGAGUGCGUUGUUCUAGUGAAACAGUUCCGACCACCGAUGGGCGGAUACUGCCUCGAGUUCCCUGCAGGUCUCAUAGAUGAUAACGAAAGCCCAGAGGCAGCUGCUCUUCGGGAGCUUGAGGAAGAAACUGGCUAUAAAGGCGACGUUGCCGAAUGCUCUCCAGCUGUAUGUAUGGACCCAGGUUUGUCAAACUGUACCACACACAUCGUGACAGUAACCAUUAAUGGCGAUGACGCAGAAAAUGUACGACCUAAGCCAAAGCCAGGGGAUGGAGAGUUUAUGGAAGUAAUUUCUUUACCAAAGAAUGACCUGCUGAAGAGAAUUGAUGCUCUGGUAGCUGAAGAACAUCUUACAGUGGAUGCCAGAGUCUAUUCCUAUGCUCUCGCGCUGAAACAUGCAAACACGAAGCCAUUUGAAGUGCCCUUCCUGAAAUUUUAAGGUUAAAGACAAUAUUGGACAUAUGUUUUUGUAAAUGAGACCACCAGGCCUUCUUCACUAAGACUUUGUAUUCAACUUAGUUUAAUGUAGAUUUGAAAUUAGCUUUUUCAUACAAUAAAAGCACAGAA